AUGCCAAUUCGAGGACCACUUGAUUUGCUCAUUAUAAAGUUUGAAAGCCUCAAAGACGCUGUAUAUCGAGAACUUGUUAAUCCCGAACAAGUUCGUGGUGUUUUAUCAAACGAUUUGCCUGCUUUGAAUCAAAUUCUUAAGGGACAUCGCCUGGGAGAAAUGACAAUUUUUACUGGCGGAACUGGCACAGGGAAAACAACAAUUUUAAGUCAACUUUCUUUGGAUUAUUGUAGGUCUGGAGUUAGUACUCUAUGGGGAAGCUUUGAAAUACCAAACAUAAGGUUGGCAAAAAAAAUGUUACAACAAUUUGCACAAAAAGAUUUAUCACUGCAUCCAGAAGAAUUCACAGAAUGGACAAACAAAUUUCAACAGCUCCCAAUGUAUUUUUUUAAAUUUUUUGGUACUACAGAAAUUAACACAGUUUUAGAUGCAAUGAAUCAUGCAAUUUUUGCAUAUGACGUCCAACAUAUAAUAAUAGAUAAUUUACAAUUUAUGACAUCUGAGAUGGGAAGAUACAAUAAUAGAUGGGAAUUACAUGAUCGUACUAUAUCAGCGUUCCGUAAAUUUGCAACAGAUAGAAAUGUCCAUAUCACAUUAGUAGUGCAUCCUGUCAAAGACUAUGGAAAAUUAAUAGAUAUUCAUUCAAUAUUUGGGUCUGCAAAAAUCGCACAAGAAGCUGACAAUAUAAUUAUAUUACAAAAGGUUAGAGAUGACCAAGGUUUAGAAAUAAGAUCUUUGGACAUAAAGAAAAACAGUAGAUCAUUUCACUCCAGCAUAUUAUGA